UAUUAUUACCGUUACUGCUAACUACUAGUACUAAGUUAGUAAUGUGAUUAUCAUCAGACCGUCAAUUUAUUGAAACGUUGAUCCACUCACUUUCUAGGGCUGACCUCUCUCUCUCUCUCUCUUCUAAAAUCCAAAGUUUGAGACCCUCGCCGUUUCUCUCUCUCUCUCUCUCUCUCUCUCUCUCUCUCUCUCUCCAUCAUCGUUUUCUUCGUUUUCCUCAGUGAAGCGAAUCAUCAUCUGCAAGUGUGGCAGUGGCCGGGUGGGGUUUAGAUAGAUCUGGGGGGAGGGGAUUUGAAUGGCUUACAUGUGCACUACUACUGAUAGUGGCAAUCUUAUGGCUAUCGCUCAACAAGUCAUCAAACAGAAGCAGCAACAAGAGCAACAACAACAGCAACAUCAUCAUCAUCAAGACCAUCAGCUUUUUGGUAUCAACCCUUUGUCUCUUAACCCAUGGCCCAACAACACUUCCCUCGGGUUUAGUCUCUCCGGUUCUGCUUUUCCCGACCUUUUUCAAGUUACCGCCGGCGGAGAUUCCAACGAUCCUGCCUUUCCGUUUCCUUCUUUAGACGACCACCACCACGCUACUACCACCGGAGGAGGUGGAUUUAGACUCUCUGAUUUCGGCGGUGGAUCCGACGGCGCCGAGUUUGAGUCCGACGAGUGGAUGGAGACUCUUAUUACCGGUGGAGGAGACUCCGUCGCGGCUACUGCUACGGAUUUCACAAUCUACGGUCCUGAUCCAUUCGCUACCUACCCGAGUCGACUCAGUUCAGAUCUAAACAACCGAGUCAUCGAUACGUCGAGUCCACUUCCUCCGCCGACCCUGUGGCCUCCUUCUUCGCCAUUAUCGAUUCCUCCUCAUGAGACAACAACAACAACAACAACAGCCACAGAAGAUCUAGAGACUAACGACUCCGACUUCGACCUGGAACCACCUCUCCUCAAAGCCAUCUACGACUGUGCUCGGAUCUCAGACUCUGACCCGAACGAAGCUUCAAAGUCCCUCGUUCAGAUCCGUGAAUCUGUAUCGGAGCUAGGUGAUCCCACUGAGCGAGUUGGCUUUUACUUCGCGGAGGCUCUCUCCAACAGACUAUCUCCUGAUUAUUCGACGACGACGUCUUCGUCGGAGGAGGAGGAUUUAAUCAUAUCUUACAAAACCCUAAACGACGCUUGUCCUUACUCCAAAUUCGCACAUUUGACGGCAAAUCAAGCGAUUCUAGAAGCGACGGAGGAUUCAAACAAGAUUCACAUCGUCGAUUUUGGGAUCGUGCAAGGUAUCCAAUGGCCUGCUCUUCUUCAAGCUCUAGCCACUCGUUCUUCUGGUAAGCCCACUCAAAUCCGGGUCUCCGGUAUACCCGCUCCAUCCCUCGGUGAAUCUCCUGAACCGUCGCUAAUCGCCACCGGGAACCGCCUCCGUGAUUUCGCCAAGGUUCUGGAUCUGAAUUUCGAGUUCGUCCCAAUUCUCACUCCCAUACAUUUACUGAACGGGUCAAGUUUCCGGGUCGACCCGGAUGAGGCGCUUGCCGUUAAUUUCAUGCUUCAGCUCUACAAAUUACUCGAGGAGACGCCGACGAUCGUUGACACCGCGCUGCGGCUCGCCAAAUCGUUGAACCCGAGGGUCGUCACUCUCGGUGAGUACGAGGUGAGCUUAAACCGGGUCGGUUUUGCUAAACGGGUUAAAAACGCGAUUCUAUUCUAUUCAGCGGUUUUCGAAUCCCUCGAACCGAACUUGGGGCGUGAUUCCGAAGAGAGAGUGAGAGUGGAGCGAGUACUGUUCGGACGGAGAAUCUCGGGUUUGAUCGGACCGGAGAAAACCGGAAUUCAUAGAGAAAGAAUGGAGCAGAAAGAGCAAUGGCGGGUAUUAAUGGAGAAUGCCGGUUUUGAAUCGGUUAAGCUGAGUAAUUACGCAGUGAGCCAAGCCAAGAUUCUGUUAUGGAAUUACAACUACAGCAGUUUGUAUUCAAUCGUUGAGUCUAAGCCAGGCUUCGUCUCUUUGGCCUGGAAUGAUUUGCCUCUCCUCACUAUUUCUUCUUGGCGAUAACCGAACCGAACCGACCCGGCUUUUUUUUUUUUUAGUUUUGUUUUGUUUUGUUUCAGAAUGUUAUUACUUUUUGGUUAGACAACAAAAAUAUUCAAUUGUUAAUAUACGCUAUGGUUUGCUUUAUUAUAGUGUGUUUUGGUUUUUAGUUUGGAUGUUGAAUUGUUUCAUGGGUAGGUUUUUACUUUCUUUGAAUCCUUAUGUGUGUGUUUAUUUUUCAUAUUUGGAUUUGCGAAGUAGGUGGUUGAAAGCUGUUCUUAGUCGUCUUGGUCAUCAUAUCUCUUUAGAUAAUUUAAACUGGUCUGCAUUUUUAAUUUGUGAAAGUGAGUGGUUCUAGUCAUCUGUUUGAAAUGUAACUACUACUAUUUCUCAAGAUUAGGAAGGUGAAAGCCAACAAUAUUUGUAGUUACUCUUUCA